UCGCUCAUCAAACAACAUAUAGCCGCGUCUCCUCAUCUAAUCCAACGCCACCGUGAUCAUCGAUGGCAUACGAGACGUCGUCUGACCACCAGCUUGCGGCGGCGGCGGAGUUUCUAGCCGCGCUGCAGGUGCACCUCGCCGGCGCCGAGGCGUCGUCGCCGACGUGGGGGGGCCGGUGCGCGUACGACGAGGACUUCAUGAUGUACGAGUUCAAGGUCCGGCGGUGCCCUCGCUCGCGGGCGCACGAGUGGACGUCGUGCCCGUACGCCCACCCGGGCGAGGCCGCGCGGCGCCGCGACCCGAGCCACGUCACCUACACCGGCGAGCCGUGCCCGGACUUCCGCGUCGCCGCCCGCGCCGCAUGCCCGCGCGGCUCCGGGUGCCCGUUCGCGCACGGGACCUUCGAGACGUGGCUGCACCCGUCGCGCUACCGCACGCGGCCGUGCCGCUCCGGCAUGCUGUGCGCUCGCCCGGUAUGCUUCUUCGCCCACAACGACAAGGAGCUGCGGAUCGUGGGCGACGACGCUGCCGCCGCCACGCCCUCGCCGAGGUCCCCGUUCACGACGUCGGAGGACUCACCUCCGCCGUCUCCGAUGGACAUGAAGCAGAUUGUCCUUGCAAUGCAACAGAUGGAUGCGAGGAAGGCGACGCGAUCGGUCGCUCCAAAAACGGACAUGUUACAGCAGGAGCUGGAAGAGGACGCUCCGGAACUGGGAUGGGUGUCUGACCUGUUGAUGUGAAACUUGCAUUUUGAGAUGUACAAAUUAUUUAUAUAAUUUAUUUUCAACAGAAAUGUAUUCUGUAUUCUAUAUUCUGUAACGUAAUUUCAAGUAUAUAUAUAGGCUUGGUCCUCGUGUAAGAGAACUACAUGAUGUAGACUUUUUAUUCGAAAUCUGUGUAUCUUUGUGCCUAUAUAUUUUCGCUCAAGUAAGAGCUUCGUAUGUAUCUCCAAUUGAAUUUUCUGAAAUAAUAAUGAGCUUUUCGUUGUA